CAAGGGCGGCGGCGUACGAUUGGCUGUUCACGAGAGUCGGAAGUCUCUGUGAUUGGGGAGCCGUGAGAGGCCGCUCUAGCCCUCUCUCCCCGGAGAUGGUGGUGGUAGAGGGGAGGGACUCCCGUUAAUUUCUGUCUCAGCUCUAUGGUUUCCUGGUCGUUCUCGAUGGUCCGGGAGGUCUGAUAGAGCGGACACCGCUGGGCUUUGUGGGACGGGAAUGGCAACUUUAGAGACGUUCUCUUCCGUGGGGUUCUGAGGCGACGGAUGUGGGCUAAGUAGGGCAGCGGAGCCGGCGUCCGCGCAGCGCGAGCGGUGGGGCCGCGAAGAGCCCUGGGCGGCGUGAGUUCCUUAAUCCUGUGAUGGAAGACACCAGUGAUGAGGGUGAGGCCUCAAUUCAUCGGUUAGAAGGCAUUGACCAAGAGACACAGGUUGGUGGCCUCAUUUGCAAGACCAAAAGUGCAGCUAGUGAGCAACAUGUUUUCAAAGCCCCUGCACCUCGUCCCUCAUUGCUUGGGUUAGACCUGUUGGCUGCAUUGAAACGGAGGGAGCGGGAAGAAAAGGAUGAUGGGGAAGAUAAGAAGAAGUCCAGAGUCUCUUCCUACAAGGACUGGGAGGAAAACAAGGAUGAUCAGAAAGAUUCUGAGGAGGAAGGGGGUGACCAGGCCAGCCGAAGCAGCAGGAAAGACAGGCAUUAUAGAGCUGCCCGGGUAGAGACACCAUCCCAUCCUGGUGGUGUAAGUGAAGAGUUCUGGGAGCGUAGCAGACAAAGGGAACGAGAAAGGCGGGAACAUGGUGUCUAUGCCUCUUCCAAAGAAGAAAAGGACCGGAAGAGAGAAAGAACUAGGGAUCGAGACUAUGACCGGAAGAGAGACAGAGAUGAACGGGAUAGGAGUCGGCACAGCAGCAGAUCAGAUCGUGAUGGAGGGUCAGAGCGGAGCAGCAGGAGGAAUGAACCAGAGAGCCCAAGACAUCGACCCAGAGAUGCAGCAACCCCUUCACGCUCUAAUUGGGAAGAAGAAGAUAGUGGGUAUGGUAGCUCCCGGCGUUCUCAGUGGGAAUCCCCCUCCCCAGUACCUUCCUAUCGGGAUUCUGAAAGGAGUCACCGGACUUCUUCUACUCGAGAGAGAGAAAGGUCUGUGAGAAGCAAGUGCCCAGAUGACACACCUCUACCAACCCCAUCAUAUAAAUACAAUGAGUGGGCUGAUGACAGAAGACACCUUGGGUCUACCCCACGGCUUUCCAGAGGCCGAGGGAGGAGAGAAGAUGGAGAAGAUGGAAUCUCUUUUGACACUGAAGAAGAGCGGCAACAAUGGGAAGAUGACCAGAGGCAAGCUGAUAGGGACUGGUACAUGAUGGAUGAGGGAUAUGAUGAGUUUCAUAAUCCACUGGCUUAUUCCUCAGAAGACUAUGUGAAAAAACGAGAACAGCACCUACACAAACAGAAACAAAAACGUAUUUCUGCCCAACGGAGACAAAUCAAUGAGGAUAAUGAACGCUGGGAGACUAAUCGUAUGCUGACUAGUGGUGUGGUCCAUCGGCUUGAAGUGGAUGAAGAUUUUGAGGAAGAUAAUGCUGCCAAGGUGCAUCUCCUGGUGCAUAACCUGGUACCACCAUUUCUGGAUGGGCGCAUUGUUUUCACCAAACAGCCAGAGCCUGUGAUUCCAGUUAAGGAUGCAACUUCUGACUUGGCCAUUAUUGCUCGAAAAGGCAGCCAGACAGUACGCAAGCACAGGGAACAAAAGGAACGUAAAAAGGCCCAGCACAAACAUUGGGAACUGGCUGGUACCAAACUGGGAGACAUUAUGGGCCUCAAGAAAGAGGAAGAACCAGAUAAGCCUUUGACAGAAGAUGGCAAGGUAGACUACAGGACAGAACAGAAGUUUGCUAAUCACAUGAAGAAAAAGAGUGAAGCCAGCAGUGAGUUUGCAAAAAAGAAGUCAAUUCUGGAGCAGAGACAGUACCUGCCCAUCUUUGCAGUACAACAGGAGCUGCUUACCAUUGUCAGAGACAACAGCAUUGUGAUAGUGGUGGGAGAAACAGGGAGUGGCAAGACAACCCAGCUGACUCAGUAUUUACAUGAAGAUGGUUAUACAGACUAUGGCAUGAUUGGCUGUACCCAACCCCGACGUGUGGCUGCCAUGUCAGUAGCCAAGAGAGUCAGUGAAGAGAUGGGAGGAAGCCUUGGAGAGGAGGUGGGUUAUGCCAUUCGCUUUGAAGACUGUACUUCUGAAAACACUGUGAUAAAAUACAUGACAGAUGGGAUCCUGCUUAGAGAGUCCCUGAGAGAGGCUGACCUGGAUCACUACAGUGCCAUCAUUAUGGAUGAAGCACACGAGCGGUCACUCAACACAGACGUGCUAUUUGGGUUGCUUCGAGAGGUAGUAGCUCGACGCUCAGACCUGAAGCUUAUUGUCACUUCAGCCACUAUGGAUGCAGAGAAAUUUGCCGCUUUCUUUGGGAAUGUUCCCAUCUUUCAUAUUCCUGGCCGAACCUUCCCUGUUGACAUCCUCUUCAGCAAGACCCCUCAGGAGGAUUAUGUGGAGGCUGCAGUGAAGCAGUCAUUGCAGGUGCACCUCUCUGGGGCUCCAGGGGACAUCCUUAUCUUCAUGCCUGGACAGGAGGACAUUGAGGUUACCUCUGACCAGAUAGUGGAACAUUUAGAGGAACUGGAGAAUGCUCCUGCCUUGGCUGUGCUUCCCAUCUAUUCCCAGCUGCCCUCUGACCUCCAGGCCAAGAUCUUUCAGAAGGCUCCUGAUGGUGUCAGGAAAUGUAUUGUUGCCACCAAUAUUGCUGAGACUUCACUGACUGUUGAUGGCAUCAUGUUUGUUAUUGAUUCUGGCUACUGCAAACUAAAGGUCUUCAACCCCAGAAUUGGGAUGGAUGCUCUGCAGAUAUACCCCAUUAGCCAGGCUAAUGCUAACCAGCGAUCAGGGAGAGCUGGGAGGACGGGCCCAGGUCAGUGCUUCAGGCUCUAUACCCAGAGUGCAUAUAAGAAUGAGCUCUUGACCACAACAGUACCAGAGAUUCAGAGAACCAAUUUGGCCAAUGUGGUGCUCCUGCUCAAAUCUUUAGGGGUCCAGGACUUGCUUCAGUUCCAUUUUAUGGACCCACCCCCAGAAGACAACAUGUUGAACUCCAUGUAUCAGCUCUGGAUUCUAGGGGCCAUGGAUAACACAGGUGGUCUUACAUCCACUGGGAGGCUGAUGGUAGAGUUCCCCCUGGACCCAGCCCUCUCUAAGAUGCUGAUUGUCUCCUGUGACAUGGGUUGUAGCUCUGAGAUUCUGCUGAUUGUCUCCAUGCUCUCAGUCCCAGCCAUAUUCUAUAGACCUAAGGGCCGUGAAGAGGAGAGUGAUCAAAUUCGAGAGAAAUUUGCUGUCCCUGAGAGCGACCAUUUGACUUACUUGAAUGUGUACCUACAGUGGAAGAACAACAAUUACUCCACUCUGUGGUGUAAUGAACACUUCAUCCAUGCCAAGGCCAUGAGGAAGGUUCGAGAGGUGCGGGCUCAACUGAAGGACAUCAUGGUACAGCAGCGAAUGAGCUUGGCUUCCUGUGGCACAGACUGGGACAUUGUGAGGAAGUGUGUUUGUGCGGCCUAUUUCCAUCAGGCAGCCAAGCUGAAGGGAAUUGGGGAGUAUGUGAAUAUCCGGACGGGGAUGCCCUGCCAUUUGCAUCCUACAAGCUCUCUCUUUGGAAUGGGUUAUACUCCAGACUACAUUGUAUAUCAUGAGUUGGUCAUGACUACUAAGGAGUACAUGCAGUGUGUGACUGCUGUGGAUGGGGAGUGGCUAGCUGAGUUGGGCCCCAUGUUUUAUAGCAUUAAACAUGCAGGCAAGUCACGUCAGGAGAAUCGUCGCCGGGCCAAAGAAGAAGCGUCUGCUAUGGAAGAGGAGAUGGCAUUGGCUGAGGAGCAGUUGCGAGCUCGAAGGCAGGAGCAGGAGAAGCGUAAUCCCCUGGGCAGUGUAAGGGAAGAGGAUGAAUUUUCUAGGUGAAGUAGAAGAGAGGUGGGUCAGUGAUCAUGUAGAAGGUGAGAGGAGUUCUUACUAAAUGUAGAGGUAGGGAAGUGAUUCAUUAAAGUAAUGUUCACAGUGUCCUAGUGUCUGUUCUUGUGUCUUUGGGACUUGGGAGGCCUUUUUUACAAAAGGCCAGUACGUGUACAUGAUGUAAAGUCUUGUGCAGAUUGAAAUUGUAAGGGGGAAAAGGGGUUAAUUUUUAAAGGGUUGAACUUUUAUUAUUUAAGAGUGUGGUCACCACAAAUUUAUAUUAAUUCCAAAGAGAUUUAUUUAUAAUUUAUUUACAAAAUGUAGAAAGAAUGAAACAAGAGAUCAGAGAGAGGAUAAGGUAAGAUAUCUAGCCUAAAUAUUAAGUAAUUUAUCUCUAGCCCUUCUCUCAGCCUGGGCAGGGAGAGUUAGUUCUUAGGGUAUGUGUGUGUGUGUGUGUGUGUGUGUGUGUGUGUGUGUGUGUGUGUGUGUGUCUGUGUGUCUGUGUGUGUCUGUGUGUGUCUGUGUGUGUCUGUGUGUGUCUGUGUGUGUCUGUGUGUGUCCCUUGUAGCCGAGACCCUGGGGAGCCUUUCUCAAGAGUAUAGGUGUUUCUUUCUUGAGACCCAUCUCUUCAGAGAAAAACCAAUUAAGAGUCAGUUAGUUAGUUCAUGUGUUAGUUCAGUCAGUAGAUUCUUUAGCAGCCUCAUCAGGAAACAGGGUCUCAGGUCCAGUCAGCACUCUUAAGGAAUGAAGAAUUCCCCAGUCUCCACUUCAAAAAAAAAUGACUCACAGGAAGUAACAGCUCCUUUUAAAGACAUUUUCUCUUGCAUCACUUCCUGUGUCUUUCCCUAACUUUACAUCUAUCAAUCACAGUUGAUGCUUUGUUUUAGGACUGCCAAGAAGGCAGUCGAUUCUGAUUCAUCACCCACUAUCGCACACGUGGGUCACAGACCUCCCUCACUCAAUGUGUGAAAUGGGGUGUUUGCACCUUUGGUGAUUAAAUCUAAAAAUGGACAGAUCUCAACUUUAAGUACCGUGUUCUAAAAAUAGGCAGGGGUUACAAUUUAAUCUUCACAAUCAGGGGAGAGUUAAGUAUUUUCAUUGUUAUAAUCAGGGAAGAGUUAAUUUUAAUCUUCACAAAAUUCUUUGGAGACUGUAUUUUUUUUUUAAACCCUUACCUUCCAUCUUGGAGUCAAUACUGUGUAUUGGCUCCAAGGCAGAAGAGUGGUAAGGGCUAGGCAAUGGGGGUCAAGUGACUUGCCCAGGGUCACACAGCUAGGAAGUGUCUGAGGCCAGAUUUGAACCUAGGACCUCCCGUCUCUAGGCCUGGCUCUCAAUCCCCUGAGCCACCCAGCUGCCCCCUUGUAUAUUUUUUAAAUAGUGAAAGUGAGUUGGAGAGAGAGAGGGCACAUAAUUACAUGGCAGAUUUCCUAGCUAAUCCAAGUUUGCCAGUCACUGCAUGUUUCCAUUCACUCCUUUUGGUGCUUAGCAAAGAGAAGGCAAACUUCUCCCUUCUAUAACUUAUAUCCCUGGUGAUGUCACUUUUUCUGGGUCUUCCUGGUUGGACAGACUUGACCUCUCAGUCUGGGUCAGAGGCCAGUCUUCCCGACACCACAAGUCAUUUGGGACAAGAGGCAAGUGUUUUUUGGGAUGCCAGGGAGCCACUAGACAUCUUUCUUAUGUAGAUAAGCCUCAGGCCUUCUUAAUCCAAUCAAAGGGUGGGAGUGAGACCAAAUGGAUUUUCAAAACUUUCCUUUUAAAAAGCAUAGAGGGAUGGAUAUAGAUUAAUGUUAAAUUCACACAGUACCCACCUCCGAUUCUUUGGGAGACAUUAUUAGUCCUCCCAACGAAUCAUUCCUUAUAUAAUAGCUAUACAUUUAAGGGUUGUUGCACCAGGAUGUAUAAGGGCCCAAAGAUGUUAUAUACAUUUUAUUUAUGGAGGGUCUAACAAUAUUUGGGUGUUUCUUAACAUGUUAAAAAUGAUUGAUAAAUACAUUGACAAGGAACCAUUAGGAGGCAUUUUUAUUUUUGGAGGAAGGGGUACAAGGGUUUUAUAAUUAAGAUAAAAUAAUGGUGGAUGGGAAGGACCCUCCACAGUUCAGUUCAUUGUAUCCAAACGCUCACUCAGGGUCUUAUAAUGUAUGUCUGAUAUACGGGUAGAUCAUUGCUGUCAUCUUUUUAGUCUGGAAUCUUCUCCAGGAAAUCUGCUUUUCUGGUCCAGGUUCUUGGCGAUAUCUUUUUCUAAAAUUGCUUUAAAAAGAUCUUAAUCUAUGGACCUUUAUUAUAUCUUCACAGUCCCCCCUUAAGAGGACAAGAUACCUACCUACAUACAUAACCAGAUGGUAACACAAAAGAAUAUUCUGACACCGUGAAUAAUCAUUUACAACAACUGUAGAUGUAUGGCUAGGUUACUCAUUUAAGAAUGCUUUAAAUAAGUCACUCAAAUGAUAUAUGAAUCACCUUUCCCAAAAAUGAGAGGAAAAAAUAGAAAUAAAAAUUGUAAGUCCCUGAUACAUAUAUUCAAGGUUUAGUGGAGGUGGCAUAUAGAUCAGGUGCAACAUUAAUGAACCCACCAUCUGCCAUGACUAUUGAAUAAGUAAUUCUAAAUUAAUGUGCAGUCUCCAGAGAAUUUUCAUUUGAAUGGUCUUUUAACACUUUUGUCCGGGCAAAGAUAUGUGAAAUAUUCAACCCAGGCUGACUUGCUGUGGAUGAAAUUUGUUGAAUUUUCCAGUUUAUACUUUGAUCGAAAGUGUUGUCAAUCAUAAUGAGGGUUAAUAACAAAGCUAAAAAUAAAGACUUGUCCAGUUUCUCCAAUUUAGGAAUUGUAAAUCACUGUCUUUCACUGUGAAGUUAGAAUUCAGCUAAGAAGAAUUGGGCUUGUAGAAAUGACUUGGGCUUAGUUUAUUCACAGAAGGCUUUGCCUCAUCAAGCUGAAUUUGAAAGCCUGGAAUGCUGUUUGCAUUUUUUUCCCUUUUGAGAAAUGCCUUGGGAGCGCAUUGUCUUUGAGCAAAAUUUAAUUUUCUAAGUUAAAGAAUAUCUUUGAAAGUAAGGUGAAUGGGGGUCAACUGGGUGACUCAGUGGAUAGAGAACCAUUCCUCCAGAUAGAAGAUCCUGGGUUAAAAUUUGGCCUCAGAAACUUUCUAGCUGUGUGACCUUGGGCAGAUCACUUCACCUCCAUUGCCUGGCUCUGACUGCUUUUCUGCCUUAGAACCAAUACUUCAUAUCAAUUCUAAGACCAAAGCUAAGGGUUAAAAAAAAAAGCAAGUAAAGGGGAAGACCAGAGUAUAGUUGAAAGUUGAAUAUAGGUGGUGGGCCUAUUUGAGGUCAACUACUUUUAAGUUCAAAUGAUCCUCUUAAUUGAUUUUUCCAAAUUUUAUAAGGGAAUGGAGAAAAGAAUCUAUGAAGUGCCCUGCAAGCACUGUGCUAAGCAGCACUUUAUAAUUAUUAUUUUAUUUGACCUUCACAACCACCCUGAGAGGCAGGUGCUUCUCUUUAUCCCAAAUUUAUCAUUAAGGAAACUAAGGCAGGUUUAAGGUUUAAACUAAGUGAAGUGACUUGCCCAGGGGCCACAAUCUAGUCUGAGGCUGAAAUUGAACUCGAGUCUUUUGACUUUAGGGACAGCACUCUAUAUACAACUUCACUUAGCUGCCUCUGCCUCUAAAUUUGAUCACCUUUAGUUAAUAUUUCUUGGUUUUCUGGUUCUGAGGGAAUUUCUAGAGUAAUGUGCCUAUAGUUUUACUCUGAGGAGCUACACUUUAGAAAGUUUCUGUAAUGGGUGAAAGUUGUGCCAUUUGCACACAGAUGCUAUAUUUCCAAAUGCUAGAAAGAACACGGUCCUGUUUGUGCUUUGGGAAAGUCUGAUGGCCUUUCUCUUCAAUCUCAUGAAAUUGCUUCUUUUAAGAUUUAGUUGGCUCUUUAGAACCUGAGACAAAGAACUUGGAAAUUGCUUAAUUUUCAUUAAGGUAAUUAAUGGGCUUCCCACAUUCCUAAUUAUUUAUUUUGUUAUAAAGAGACAGGGGAUGUAUAUUACCUUUAUAGUCUGACACACCUUCUCCUCUUUGGCCCUGGACUAGAUGACUUGAGAUACCUUAUAGUUGUCAAUCUAAAUCCAUAUUCCUAACAAAAAAAAAGUACCAAGAAAUAGAAGGGAAAUAAUUCUUCAUGGAGAUUUUAUUCCUAAGAGUAUUCCAAAGUAUAUAUUGGAUCAUAACUACAAAAGAUGUUUUACACAAUUAAAACUAGAUCUAAACAAUUGGAAAAACAUUAAUUGCUCUUGGUAAUAGAAUAAAAAUGACAAUCCUACCUAAAUUAAUUUACUUAUCCAGUGCCAUAUUUAUCAAACUACCAAAAAACUUUUUUAUAGAAUUAGAAAAAAUUAUAACAAAGUUCAUCUGGAAGAGCAAAAGAUCAAGACUAUCCAGGGAAAUAAUGGAAAAAAAAAUGUGAAGGAUGGGGGCUUUGCAGUAUCACAUCUUAAACUAUACUAUAAAGCAGUGGUCAUCAAAACAAUGUGGUAUUGGCUAAGAGACAGAAGGGAGGAUCAGUGGAAUAGAUUUGGGGUAAAUGACCUCAACAAGACAGUCUAUGAUAAGCUCAAAGAUCCCAGCUUUUGGGACAAGAACUCGCUAUUUGACAAAAACUGCUGGGAAAACUGGAAGACAGUGUGGGAGAGAUUAGGUUUAGAUAAACGUCUUACAUUCUAUACCAAGAUAAAUUCAAAGUGAGUAAAUGAAUUUUAACUAUAAAGAGGGAAAUCAUAAAUAAAUUAGGUGAACAUAGAAUAGUAUACUAUGGGAAAGGAAGGAAUUUUAAGACCGAGCAAGAGAUAAUGUUGCAAAAUGUAAAAUGAAUGACUAUGAUUAUAUCAAAUUAAAAAGGUUUUGAACAAACAAAAUCAAUGCAACUCAAAAUUGGGAAAUCAAACUGGGAGAACGUUUUUAUAACAAAACUCUCUGACAAAGGCUUAAUUUCCCAAAUAUAUAAGAAACUAAAUCAAAUUUACAAAGUACAGAUUGGAAAGAAUAUGAUUGUCUAAGGCUUCUCUGGGUUUCUUGGGUUGGGCUAAAUUUAGAUCAUCAGUUUGCCAGCAUACACUGCCUUUUGUCUCGUAGGUCCGUUAAGAUCUACACACCUGGGAGGAAGGAGCAAGGGGAGCCUGCCAGCCCUCGCCGGACCCCAGCCCGCUUUGGACUCUAAGUCAGCGCUGGAUCUGUGGGAGGCCCAUAAUACGCAGGAAUUAGUGCUGAGCUUCCUAGCAGGCCUGUUGGAUGUAAAUGAAACUUGUAUUGACUGCUGUUUCUUACUGAGACCAGAGAUCAGAAAGCACGGCUGUCUUUGGUGGCUUAAUGACACUUCUUCAUCAACCUUUCUACCCUGGCAUGUUGGCAGUGUGAUUCCUUCAGGGCUGAGGAAUCCUGGGCUCCCUGGCUUCCUUUUUGCACGGCAAAGUGACUUAUGUGCUGCCAGAGAGACCAGGAAGUCCCAGAACCCAUCUUGUCUGAGAAGGGGACUCUGGGAUGCUUGGUGUAUAAAUGUAUCUUUGCUUUGUCUGUGUCUUGUUUUUUUAAUCUUUGUGUAAAGCAGUAAAAUGGAUCUGGAGGGAAUUGUAACUUGUUUACAACCCAGGAAUUUGGAAAUAAUUUUAUUGUUUCUAAAA